GUGAGUCCGUUCCUUUUGCCCCUCACCUGGAAGUCGACUGCCCAAGAUGUCGGCGUUGCAGACAUUCCUGCUGGUCGUGGACCAUGAUAAGCAGGAGGCUAAGCAGAUCGCGGAACAAAUUGCUCAAGAUGUGGAGAGCAAGAAGGUCACCCUGAUUGAGGUCGUGCAGUCGCUGAGCGAAUAUAUCAACGAUGAGGAUCCGAUCUUGCGCGGAAAAGCCGUUUCGUACCUUACGGCUGUGAUCAAGGCGCUGCCACCGAAGUUCUUGUCGAGACAACAGAUUCAGGUCCUGACUACUUUCUUCUGUGAUCGGAUUGAGGAUGGAGGGGCUGUCGCGGGGUUGGAGACAUUGCAGAAGCUGGAUCGGUUCAAUAAGGCAUUGGCUGAAGAGGUGGCUCUGGCUGUUUUCGACCGCUUCCAGGAAUUACAGUCUCGCUCGCAGUCCCAGAGAUUUCAGGUCUAUCAGCUGCUGAAUGAGAUGAUGAUCAAUCAUCGUGCCGCUCUUCAUGAAAUGGGCGAUGAGUCCCUGGUUGGAAUAGUGAACCUUAUGACGGGCGAGAAGGACCCACGCAAUUUGAUGCUGGUGUUCUCGAUCCUCAAGGUGGUGAUGGUGGAAUGGGAUGUGUCCAACCAUGCUGAAGAAUUGUUCGACUCCGUCUACAACUACUUCCCUAUUACCUUUAGACCCCCGCCGAACGACCCAUAUGGAAUCACCGCUCAGGAUUUGAAGGACCGCUUGCAGGAUUGCAUUUCGGCGAACAGCCAAUUUGCUCCGCACGCCGUCCCUUCCCUGCUCGAUAAGCUUGACUCGACGUCUCCAAAUGUCAAGAAAGAUGCACUCAACGCCUUGAUUGCAUGCGUCAAGCUGUAUGACCCCAACACUGUGUCCAAGUACUCAAUCACCAUAUGGGAGACCCUGAAAUUCGAGAUUCUCAAUGCACAGGAGGAAUUCCUCUCUGAGCUUUCUCUUCAGGUCUUGAGUAAUAUUGCGCAGCGGCUGUCGGAAGGUGUCACACAGAUCUCCGAUCAACUCCCUCUCGCCCUGUACUUGCGGCCCAUUACCAAGGAGUGCAACGAGCAAUUACGGGAGCCCCAGCAAAAGCAGGCGAAGCCUGCUCAGCAGAUCCUCAGCUCUGUUUCCGCUGCCUCUGCAGCUUCGUUCACGCUCGUUGUACAGACCGUGGUCGCACCCCUGUUGACAAUCUACCAGGAAGCCGAUGGAAUUGCCAAGCAAAGAGCCCUAUUGGAUACCCUGGGCGUCCUCUUUGAUUCCGCCAUCCAAGUAUUUGGUGAGUGGGCAUCGCGGGACCCGGAAUCCACUCUCGGAAAUCCAUUGCUCGAGUUUAAGGACCAGUUCUCGGACAUCUUCGGCCAAGCCCUGAUGGGUGUUAUUAAGGAGGAGGUUUCAUUCCGCAGCUCCGCCUUGAAGGGCUUUUUGCGUUUGUCCACCUUGCGCAACUACUUCCAGGACAACGAAAUUGGACUUUUCGUCCAAUACCUUGACGAGAUCCUCCUCAAGGAGGAAUCUAUUGGUCGUGACGACCUGAAGAAGGAAGCAAUUGCUGCCUUGACGGAAAUCUCCAAGUACAAGCCCCGCCUGAUCUUGGACAUAACCUUCCCUGCUUUUGUGGCCACCCUUCCUGACUCUGAUGACGGGUCGGACUCUGGGUAUAUAUCCACCCUGGAGAGUCUCGCUCAAAUCAGUGUAGAGAAGGAUGUCUUCGAAACUCUGGUCCGGCGGUUACUCAGCAAGUUGAGCAUACUGCUGCAGAAAGAGGAACCCGGCUCCGUGGACUAUCCCAGGGCCAUUCUCUCGACCAUCCUCUAUGUCAUGAACCAAAGGAAACUGGACCAAGACCCGAACUUGGAACUCUACUACGACAAGAUCGUCGUGGGCCUGUGCCGUAGUGCAGCGGCAGCAGCUUCAGGCAAGGCUACAAAUAACAUCCUGACUGACGCUACAGUCCUCGAUGUACUCGGACGGCUGUGCAAUGUUAUUGUCAAGUCGCUCCCAACAAGCAAGCAGAAGGAAGUUUCACUCAACACGUUGAGUCUAUUCGCCUCAGAAGACGGCUUCCAACAGGUACCCACAGCAUCAUCACCGAGCGACAACCACCGUCGCACAAUGAUCCUCUCGACAUACCUUCUCGCAAGUCUCCCACGAGACCUCUACAACGAGCCACCAAAGUCGCCCAUUCUCAUCUCCCAAGACCUCAUCACUCUUACAAGCCUCUGCAUCAGCGAGACCGAGCCCGCUACCCAGCUCGCCUUCCUCCGCCACCUCGCCCUUUAUGUCAACAAAAUCCUCGAGAAAGAACACCUAGACACUGCCACCGCCCUCUUCGACAGUGUUCUCCCCCCUGACGUUCAAGACCCCAAACUGAGCCCCUCCCAAAUCAAGACCAUCUUCUGGCUCUCCAAGGCCCUUGUCCUCCGUCUCGCCCCCAAGACGACCCAAAUCCUCACCACCCUCCUGAAACUCCUCUCCUCCACCGACGAGGAAACCAGCACGACCGCAGCCCGCGGCUUCGCCCUCCUCCUCCGGGACGACGAAGUUCUCUCCACGGCCAACUUCGCCAACAUCCGCCUCCUCUCCAAACAGCGCGUCUUCACCACCCUCAUCCCUCUCAUCUCCAGCCGCAUCCGCGAAGUCAACAUCUCCGGCACUUCCACCUCCACCCCAACCCCACCCCACAUCAAACCCUCCCACCUAACAGCUCUCUCGGGAAUCCUCUCCACCAUCCCCCCAACCCUCGUAAUGCCCGAACUCCCCACCCUCCUCCCUCUCCUCCUGCAAAGUCUCGACCUCCAAACUGCCCCCUCCCAACCCAUCCGCGCCGCAACCCUCGAAACCCUCGCCGUCAUCAUCCGCGACAACGGCGUUACCGUGAUCGAAGAGUGCGGACACGUCCAGAGCCUCGUGACCCGUUUACUCAAGACAGCCGAGCACGCCCCGGCCACGGGAGCCGUCAAUGGGUCUCGUCUGCGCGUUGAUGCCCUCAAAUGUCUGUUCUUGCUUGCGCAAACGCCCGCGUCGCCUGAUGCGCCGGCUAUCGCUAAGGCUGGGAAGCUUUCUCCGCUCUUGCCUGUCAAGAACCAGGUACUUCGUGCUUUGCGGAUGGUGCUGGAUGAUCCAAAGAGAGAUGUGCGGAAGGCGGCCGUUGAUGCUCGUGGGGCGUGGUUGAGAGGUGUGGAUGAUGCCCCUGAUGAUCAGGAUGAGUGA